CGGCCGGCGCGCGGCGGGCGGAAGUGAGGUCGCGGGCUGCGGUGUGUGCGCAGCGUCGGCGGUAGCGCGGGCCGCGGCACGGCGGGCGGGAGGCAGCGCGGGCCUAGCGGUCGACCGCCACCGAGCGUUGUCCGGGCCCUGCCCGUCGCCGAGCCACACGCCGUGCCCGCUCGGGCCGGCGCGCGCCGGUCCCGGAGGCGCAGGCCACCUUCCUGAAAUCAUGAAUCCUGUUUAUAGCCCUGGGUCUUCUGGGGUUCCCUAUGCAAAUGCCAAAGGAAUUGGAUAUCCAGCUGGUUUUCCUGUGGGCUAUGCAGCAGCGCCUGCCUAUUCACCUAACAUGUACCCCGGAGCAAAUCCCACCUUCCAAACAGUGCUGGAGAUUGAACCCAGAGUCUUGCACAUGUUAGGCUACACUCCUGGCACACCUUACAAAGUGUCCUGUUCCCCAACCAGCGGAGCUGUGCCACCAUACUCCUCCUCCCCGAAUCCUUACCAGACGGCCGUGUACCCAGUGAGAAGUGCCUACCCCCAGCAGAGCCCGUAUGCCCAGUUGUCUCUGUUUUCCCCACAGCAAGGCACAUACUAUACACAACCUCUGUAUGCAGCACCCCCUCACGUCAUUCACCACACCACGGUGGUGCAGCCCAAUGGCAUGCCAGCAACGGUCUACCCUGCUCCCAUCCCUCCCCCCAGAGGCAGCGGGGUCACCAUGGGCAUGGUUGCUGGGACCACAAUGGCCAUGUCAGCAGGUACCCUGCUGACUGCUCAUUCUCCAACUCCUGUAGCCCCUCACCCGGUUACUGUCCCCACAUACCGAGCCCCAGGAACACCCACCUACAGCUAUGUGCCCCCUCAGUGGUGAUUACCCUGCAAACUAAUAUUUGAGGAUGGAGCUGUGCAGUCACUUCAUUGAGUUCCACAGCUGGUGCUGCAGGCCUUGUGCCUCCAACCAGGACUUUCUUCUUAAUGCUCUCGACACUUAGCUAAACACAACUGCGUCCCAGCCCAGCAGGUCCCAGCUCGCUAGUCUCCAACUAACUCUGUGGGUUGGUUUUAAAGCAAAUCCUGUUUUGUGGACUGCCUGGCAAAUUUUUUAGCUAAUUGUAAUGAUAAAAAGGGAGUAUUACUCUAUUCUGAAUUAUAUCUAGUUGAAUGCAUGUUUUAAAACAAACACAAAAACAAAGCUUGCUCAAUCUACCUGCAGUGAGUGAUGCAAAAACAUCAUAUGCAAAACCCAAAGGACUGGACUGUGUUCUACAGCCUGUGUCACUCGCGCACUCCUGUAAUGUAUGCUGAGGCUCAAAGUUAGACAUGUGCAACUGAAUGUCCCUAUUGAAGCAUCUGGAGUACUGGAGGGGAUUCUUGGGGUACUGGGGACACAGAUUUGUAGUUUUAGCAGCCUGGUUUUUGCCACUGACAAAAAAUCCUGGGAGGAGCUGCAGGAACUUGGAGAGAGUGUGAGCCUGCGGUGGCUGCAGACAGCCACAGCAGCGGGGAUUGUAGGGUCCCUCUCCUUCACUCCAGCUAGCGUGUGCUCUGGGAAGCAGGGGUGCACCUGAAGCUCUCUGGGAAGGUGGGCGCUGGGUGGUAGUACAGCUGGGAUGGAGGCUUGUCUGUGUGUCAGUAGAGCAGUGUCUGCCAUCUGAGUCUCCACUGUAUGUCUUACAGGAGAAUGUCUUGUGUAUCUGUUGGGAAAGACCAGUGUAGAACUGAACUGUCUUCCUAGGAGGGGAGACAUCAGAGAGAAGCCGCCACACUGAGGUGGUAUUGUCUCUUGCUUUAUUUCGCUUAAGGAACCAUUUUUCCCCCCUUGAGAAAUAAUUGAGUCAGCUAAAAGCACCGGAGGUGCUGUUUUCAUCCCAUGAAGAAGGGCAGGACUUCAGCUGUGUGCUGUGGAGAAUGUUGUAUAUUUAAGACUGGCUAAAAGGGAAUAAGUGUAUUUUUAACUUAGUUCCUCAUGUUUCUUGUAGAGAAACAGGACUGUGAUUAUGUCUAAAAAUGUAGAAAUAAUGUAGCUUGUCCUGGGUCAUUCACCUGUCCUCUGUGACCUACAAAGCCUGCAGAAGUGGUCUGAGCCUCUUUUGCCACCUUUUUCUGUAGCUGAAGGCACUCAGUACCAAGCAAAUGUGGAAAGUAGAAAGGGCUAGGCAGUUUUGGGAUGCACUUGCCUGUCAGGAUCUGUUGUGGGAAAGGUUUUGCGUGUGUAACUGAGUGUGUACAUAAGAAAUCAAGAGGUUCUUUUUUGCCUGGAUACACACCCAGCUUGAAUCUGUGAGCCAUUCUAUUCAGUGUGGGUCAGAAGGGCGGGAGGGCCUCUGGGGUCUGUGGAGUGGGUUUUUAUUGUUUUCAACUCCAUUGAAUUGCUGGGGCUUUGGUUGGACGGGAUGCUUGUCUCUGGCAGCUAGGCCAGGGCCUCCAUGUUGGUUGGCGGUCGUCUCAGUAGCAGACAACUUGGCUAGAGGGUGAAUCACCUGAAUAGCGAGCCUUUGGUAACGUUAUUUUUAUAGUAAUGUUCUCCAUAAUUUUUUUUAGCAUUUUUAAAAAAGUUUAGGAAGAUGUCUGCAUGGAUCAGUGUAAACAGAAAAUUCCUCAUUCCUAAUGUCCAUGAACAUAGAAUAUUUACUGAUGAGUAUGUUGAAUUGCCUCAUGAGCACUUAGUGUCAGUGUGUGAUUGUGUUUGAGUGUGUGUGUGUGAGAUGUAGGGGGGAGCAAGAAAGCACACAGUGCACAGAGCUGGAAGCAUUUGCUGUAGUCACACAGCUUGUCUCUGUACUUCAUGUUGGAAUCCCCAUCUCUGUGAUGGAGGUUUCCCUGAACUCAGCAGACAGAAGGGGGUUUGCCCAGGUGAAUAAUCACAGAUCACUAGGACAAAUAAAUGUACCUGUGAUUUUCACAUGUGUUGGAAAAAGUCCCCUCACCCAUCCCCAAGUAAACAUACCUGUUUCCCCACCUAUAAAGGGUAGAGUUGUUUGCCUGCAGCAUGAAGUCACCAAGUCUUUGGGCCUGCUUGCAGCUGCACACAGUGUGUGUGUGUUUCCACAGGCUCUGAGUUCUCAGGAGAAAGAAGAGUGGGAUCGCAGCCGCUCCUGCUGAUUACAUCAGCUUUACACACUUGCCCUCGAUCUGUUAAAAACUCGUUCUGUUUCUUUCAAAUUGAGUGACUAACAAAUACUUCUGCGUUGUACAACUCAUCUGUGUGGAAAUCUUUUCUGUUUUGAAGCUCUGGGGUCUUCAGCUGUGAAAUCUGGUAAAGAGCUUACCUAUCAGAUGGAAAUCUUGGCAUGUGGAUAGUAGCAGACUGUCAAGAGGUGGUGAUUUCAACAGCAUUCAGUUUCAGCAAAAUUACGGGGCAGAACUUGGUCAGUAUUUUGUUACAUGGCUGCAUAGGUAUCCCAAAAAUAUCAAGGAACAUUCCAAGAAAGUGUGCUUUUUAUGUCUGUGACAUUCCUGACUAGAGUCCUUAAGUUGAAUUCUUUUUGAAGACAGGAAGGCAAAGAGUUGUGAACAUUGCCAUCUUUGUUAAUACAUACAAUAAUACAUUCUCUGCUGCCUUCCCUGAGGCUAGGGAGCUUUCUUCCUCUGCCGCAGUUGAAACCUCUGUAGAGUUGUGGAAUGAUGAGGAAUCUCUGACCUCCCUGACUCUUGAGAAGUCAGACCACCAUCAGGAUUGGGCCAGUUAGGCUGCAGGCAUGGAAGUGCUCUUCCAGAGCUUUUGUCUCCUGUCUUGUUUUCCUUGGAAGAACCAUUCUGAGGGUUCUGGCCUGCCAGUUACCAUUAUGGGUGGCAGCUUUUGAGAGUUUUGCGGAGGCAGUGUUUCCAGCAGGUGGGGCAGUUCCCAGUUCUGGAUUGGCUGCUGAGUCUCCUGCCUUUCCUCAGCUAUGCACCUGGCAUCUUAUUGCAUUUGUUUGUGUUAUUCUGCUGUGACAGGAGGCUGAAGGAGCAGACUGGAUGUUUCUUGGGGACCUGUAACAGUGAAAAGAAACUUAUUCUUGGGGAGGUUUGAGCUCACUGGCUUCUGAGUUGGGCCUUUGUGAGUGUGCCUGUAGUUGGGAGAUGCUGGCAAGUGCCAACCUUAAAGGGCCUGCUUCAAAUGUCCUCAGCUCUCCUUCCUAAUGUUGCAGUACAGUAGUUCUGACUGAAGGGCCACCUACUCUCACACAGCAGCUGAUAUCUGUAGUUGUGGUAUACCUGCUACUGCUGGGUGGCGCAGAACUUUCCAGGGCGCAGUGGCAAUUGUGGCAGCUGCUGUUCCUUUCCUCUGGUGCUUUCUGAGGGCUACUGGGGGGCAGGAGAGCAGCUGGCUGACCCGUGGAGUGCAGAACUUACACUCGUGUCCCACACACCGCCCAGGUCUUCGUAGCUCCUGAGUUGCUUACUCCACCCAGUGCUCUGUGUUUGAUGGAGUGAUACCCAGAGAGGAUGCUGUGAUCUCAGUAGGAACAGUGAAAUUAAUUCCCCAUGUCUUGGACGAUUCCUCUCUUCCCUGGCCCCUUCCUGUUCAUUUAAAGAGAAGAAACCCUGUGGAAUACAUCUUAGUAGAAUUAUGGGAUGGGCGGCAGCAGCUUUUCUGUUCAGGGACUGCAGUAUUUCUACGUGAGCUGUGAGGACCUGAUGGUAUCCAAGCAGCUCCCAGGGAAGGGCAGUGGGUGGGUCUGGUGCAGACUGUGGACAGUGUAAGAGACCAGUUAGGUCAGAUUGGGCUCUGGCUCCCAGCAGGGCUGUUGUGGCAGCUGGAGGCCCCAAGGAGCCUGCGAGGCUAUGACUGAACAGAAAAGGUUCUUUUUUAAAACUUUUAUUUUUAAAUACUCUUUUUUUACACUGUUUUCUUGGUACUUUUUUUAUGCUUAAGUCAGCGUCGUCUUCCAGUGUUCCAGGCAUCCCUUGCCUCUUCAUUGAACUUAAGUGUCAAUACAAAGGAACGGGCAGACUGUCCAUCCCCAGCCAGUUCAAUUAGGUGUAAAUUCAUACUGUUUUAAUUUUUUAUGCAAUCUGAUGAGUAGAUGAGCUCAGAUUUAAAAUCCUUAAAAGCACGUUUAUUGUAACAGGAAUUGUUAUGUAUUAAUACUGCAGUUUUCAAUAAAGAUUGACUUGUGUUGCA